GUACAGUAGUAUGGGUCACUGUCAAUAGAUGUCACUACAAAUGCAAAAUCUAUUUUCAAGAUAACCUUCAAGUGAUUUUGUCAAUUAUUGAUAACAAGAAUUACUUUUUAUCAACCUUUUAUUUAGUAGUUUAGAAUCAUAUUAAGCGUGUUUUGUUCCCAAGAUGAAUAUGAAUUCCUUAAAUAGAGUGCUAGUUUUAAGUAAAUCAUUGCCGAACAACUUAAGGUUCAUUUCAACAAGUGCACGAUUAUCGAAUGCUGACGAUGGAUGGUUGUCCAAGCUGCUGGUCCGCAGGAUAGAGCCGACGAAGGAAUCUCAUAGUCGGAUGCUUAGCGACAAGGAAAUUAUAUAUGCACUACACACACACAACAUAAGGCCCGAUUCCACCGACAAAUACUUGCAGAAUUACAAAACCUCUGUGGAGUUUGUGCACUCUCACAAGGCUGAUCUUGGCUGUGAGUUAGUGGGAUCAUGGACGGUGUCUGUGGGGGACAUGGACCAGGCCCUACACUUGUGGAGAUAUGUUGGAGGCUUUGAAAAAAUCGACAAAGCUAAAAUAUUGUUCAAAGAGAAUGCUGACUAUAGGGCAUUAGAAAAGGAGCGCGGUAACUUCGUGAGGUCCAGGCACUUGCAGUACUUACUUGCAUUCAGUUUCUGGCCCAAUGGGGAACCCCGAUCAGCAAGCAAUAUUUAUGAGAUUCGAUCAUACAGUCUCAAACCCGGCACCAUGAUUGAAUGGGGUAACAACUGGGCACGGGGCCUCACCUACCGUCGGGCACAGAACGAGGCAUUCGCCGGCUACUUCUCGCAAGUCGGACGACUAUACAACGUACAUCAUAUUUGGUGCUAUAAAAAUCUCCAAGCCCGUCGCGAGACUCGUGAGAGUACUUGGCGUAACCCGGGCUGGGACGAGUGCGUGGCCUACACGGUGCCGCUGAUCCGCGAGAUGCACUGCCGCAUCCUCGAGCCCACAGAGUUCUCCCCCACCCAGUAAACAACCAGCCCUCGCUUCCGACAACCGCAUUUACACUCUUGGAACUACUGCCUUUAACGUUUGUAGGAUGGGGCAAACAAAUCACUAGUACAAUGGCCCCAGUUUUAAUAGUUAGCGACUUUAAAUGUUUAGAUAAUUAUAAGUAUUUGCUUUUACGAUUCUAAAGGUAUAUUAGUGAAGGGGAGAUAACUAAUGCAAAGAACUGGGCAUGUUAUUCGGCUUCGGGCUCAUAUAUGAGAUGAAGUCAUUGUUUUCAAAUACUUGUAGAAGAUAUAAAUACGAAAAUUAUAAAACCUACUAAGGAUAGUACGUAAAAGAUAUAAAUUUGAAUGUAUAUAUGUAUAUUUAUGUAUUUGGUUGCUGAAAUCAAAAGCCAAUAUUUUAAGAUUGAACUAGUUUUGGCAAGAAAUCGUUAACCAGGCGUAUUUGCCUUUUUUAAUAAAAUGCCUGUUUUCUGCAGUUAUAUUAACAAUAAGCACAACGUCUUUAUUGUCUCUACAAUUUGUUUCAAAGUCUAUGAACUAUACUGAGUCUAAAUUAAAUAUUGCAGCAAUAAUUGGAUGUAGUUACUGUUUACGUGGAGACAGAUUUAAAGUGUAGUUAUUUGUUUAAUGAUUUAUUCUUAUUUUUGAUAGCAUUUAUUAUACCUUCGAAAUACAUUUAAGAUCAACCUUAGGCUUAAUUCAAGAUAAUCAAUCGAUAAUCUGAAAACAUGUACUUUUGGUAUUGUUGUUGUAUGUCGUACUUUUUUCUGUUUCUUUAAUUUUAUGUUAAUACAGAAAUAGAUUUUUUUUUAAACAGUU